GUUAAUAAAAUUAAUGAUGAAAUUUGAACCAACUCUUCCACAAAUGGCGUCGCCGGUAUUUUUCUAAAGGUGGUGGUGGAGAGAAAGCAGCAUCAAGAUGAGCAAAAAGGAAGUCAAGGCCCAGCUGGAGGCCCUGAGGGCUGAACUUGAAAAGGUCAAGCUGGAGAAGAAUACAACAACAGAGGGAGGACAACAGCUUGUGUUUGCCCCAAAGCUGCGGAAAGUGGAAAAGUUCUCGGGGAAGAAAGGUCAAGGAGUAUCUGUGUACGAGUUCACGGAGGAGAUGACCAGAAUCCUUAAAGCACGUCCUACACCGCAGGAAGAACAAGUAGAUUUUGUCCUUAGUCAUCUUGAGGGACCUGCGAAAGAAGAGAUGCGAUUUCGCCCAACAGAAGAGAAAAAGAGUCCGGAAGCUGUCCUGGAGAUUCUGAAAGAAGUUUUUGGCGAACGAGCAACUGUGUCUGAACUAUUAUCUGAGUUCUAUAACUCUAAACAAUCACGUAGUCAGUCUCUACAAGACUUCUCAGUAGAAUUGAUGGGAAAACUCGAGCGAAUUCGGAGGGUAGACAAAUCCCGUGUGAAAGAAAGAGACUCUAUGUUACGGGACCAGCUAGCAGAAAAUGUUCAUGAGCCGUGGCUCCGUAGAGAACUGAAAAGAAUUGUCCGCACAAAUGAAACAAUGACUUUUCAUGACUUAAGAGAAGAAGCCAUUGUCCUAGCCCAAGAUCAAGAGGAGCCGAAAAAGAAAACAGAAGCCACACUGUAUGCAGAAAAAGCAAGUAAUCAUGAUGACGAUGUGAAAGAACUCAUCAAGACUCUUAGAAACGAAAUGAGUGACUUGAGGAAAGAGCUAUCCGACAUAAAAGGAGCACGCUCAAAGACAGUACAGUGUUACCACUGCAAAGAGAAGGGGCACAUAAAGAGAAAUUGCCCCAAGAAGGGAAACUAGUGGCGCCCACUGCAGAGAGCCGUGC